AACGCGUAAAUUUUAUUGUAUGAUUCAUUGCUAGGAUUUAUUUGUGUAUUUAUAUUUCGAAAUCCUGUUUCCUUUAAUCUUAUCAACGAUUCAAAAUUAGACAUGACGAGUUUUGUAACACAGACUCACAAAAUGGUAAAAAUUUCUAUCUUGAUUAUAUUGAUAUCGCAUCUAUUUGGUACCAUGGUGCAUUGUGCAACUCCGUGCUCGGAAUAUUUUACGUAUAUAAUCAGACCUGAGACUGGUAUACUGGGACAGAUUGAAAUCCCAUCUCCUUCAGAAAAUGGUGAAUUCUAUUUAAGGGUGGCCUUAAAUAGUGUUAUGAUGUCGCCUUCAAAAGAUGCGUUUGUUCGAUUGCAAUUGGCACGACCGAUAAAAGAAUCCAUUCUAGCUAUUCGACAGGGCAGACCCUUAUCAUAUCAUAUCUAUUUUCCAUCGCUAAAUCUCGAUGAACCAAUUCCAACAGUAUCUGCGAUAUGGUUUAAUAAUCUAAAAUAUUGUUCUGGAAAUGGAAUUAUCAGAGCGACUAUUGAGUUGGGGCAUGUUGUGUAUCCGCCAAACAAUGUGCCAUUUUUUUGGCAAAAUUCAUCAGAAUCCAUUGAGAAUUUAUUGUAUCGAAAUAUUAGCAUCUACCGAAUAAACAACCCAAAUCAUUACCGUUUAAACUACUUACAUCUAAUUUACUCCAAUCCUACUACGGAUUUUUGGGAGAAUAACGAGAAUCGGAAAAAGCCCAUGAAAACCCAUCAGUCCAGUAACGAUAGCAAUGACAAUAAAAAUACUAAUAAUAAUAGUAACGAUAAUAAUAACAAUACCAAUAUUAAUAAUGAUGAAUGUGGUAUCAGUAGCCGAAUCGAGAGCACUAUAAAUGUUUUGAUUUUCAAUGGGCAGAAAACGUCGACAGACCAGUGGCCAUGGCUGGUAGCACUCUUCAUUGCAAGGAAUGACGAAUACAACUUUCAAUGUGGUGGAACCAUUCUGUCAAAUAGACAUGUUUUAACAGCGGGACACUGUUUGACCUUCAAUAGUACCGAAACUAUACCUUCUAAUGUAUUGAUAGUGGCAUUGGGGCGAUUUAAAUUACAUGAGUGGAAGGAAGGAACCGUGAAUCGAAAAAUUGCAAGCUACAAGGUUCAUCCUGACUACGUACACACAGGUACCACCAGUGACUCCGAUCUGGCGAUUUUGAUUCUUAGGACGGCCGUCGAAUACAGUCCUUCUAUCAGACCUGUUUGUCUGUGGUCCAGCAAUUCGACCAAUCUUCAAAAUAUUAUCGGUAAAACAGGAUAUAUUGUGGGAUGGGGCGAAGACGAAGCGGGUCAUCCUUACACCGAGGAACCUCGAAUGGCAAAGGUGUCGAUAGCGAGUAAUGAGGACUGUCUUUGGAGCCAUCCGCUUUUCGUAACUAUCACUUCGAAGCGCACCUUUUGCGCCGGUUCGCCGAACAUUCCUUGCAAUGGUGACAGCGGGAGUGGACUGGUGCUCCAUGAUGAAACCACGAAUCGUUAUCAAUUACGUGGCGUUAUUUCACGGUCGGUGGCUAGUGCUCGUAUUAAUACUAAAUCCUUCUGUGAUCCCACGAAGUACGUCGUAUAUGUCGAUGUGGCCAAAUAUCUACCCUGGAUUCAACAGCAGAUAUCCAACACGUAACGCUGGUCUCUUGCCACAAAAUGUGAUAGUCGGCAAAUAUUAAAAUAAUUUUAUUUGAAAAGCAAUAUUUGUAAGACAAUAUAUUUUGUAUUUCAGAAACAUAUAAAAGUAAAUAAAUAACAAAUGGUUUAAAAAUAUAAACACUAAAUAAAAGGAGCAUACAACACACGCAGGAUUUAGCGCAAUGUCAUAUAUUCAAAAUCUUUUGUUACCGAAUUUUAAAUAAACGUUUCGGCCAACAUUUGGUGAUUCUCAGUA